CACUUUGAUAGAGGACGUGUACGCGGUACUGAUGCCUCCUCCAAAGACCACCAAUGAUGUAGGACAAUCUGACGCGUCAGAUGCUUCGACUUCGACAGCAAAAUCUCCUCGAACGCGCCCCCGUUCCUCUGAAGACGAAGACGCGUGUACCAGUCCCAAGCAGGUCAAAACCAGUGUCGAAGAAGGAGGUCGUGCAGAAGCACAAAUCGAGUCUUCCCGCGCCGCCGCAUUGCAAAGACAGAACCGUCCCCGAAUCGGAGAAGACUCUUGAUGACAUACAUAAAUACUAGUCUCAAACGCCAAAUUAUUGAGACGAAGAACCGUUGAACGCUGGCCCUCAAGAAUCUCGAAGACCAAGAAAUGUAUCCCCCCUGCGAAGCCCACAGU